GUAGUGGACACAGAUGACGAUCUCUAUCAUCAGCACCGCAGAGCGUUUAGUUUCGACCUCUCCCGCAUCCCUGUGGGAGAAACCCUGACUGCUGCGGAGCUUCGUGUCUACAAGGACUUUGUGUAUGAGCGCUAUGAAAAUGAAACUUUCCGUGUCAGUGUGUUCGAGGUGCUCCAACAGCAGCCCAAAAGGGAACUGUACCUGCUAGACUCGCGAGUGUUGUGGGCAGCAGAAGAGGGUUGGUUGGUAUCUGACCUCACGGUCACCACUAACCACUGGGUUAUAAACCCAGGUCAGAACUUAGGACUGCAGCUAUCUCUGGAAACUGCACACGGUGAACGAAUAAACCCUAGGAGAGCAGGUCUGGUGGGCAGCCGUGGACCUCAGAACAAACAGACAUUUAUGGUGGCAUUUUUGAAAGCAUCAGGAAUCCAUCUCCGCAGUGUUCGCUCAGCACCAGGAAACAAACAGAGGGGUCACCAGCGCUCUAAAAACCCCAAACCCGGUGUUGCACCCAGCCAGGUGGAUUUGAAGACAGCCGAGGCUGCAGAGGGUGCCAGCGUAGACCCCAAACAAGGCUGCAAGAAGCAUGAACUGUAUGUCAGCUUCAGAGAUCUGGGAUGGCAGGACUGGAUCAUUGCUCCAGAGGGUUACGCGUCAUACUACUGUGAGGGAGAAUGUGUGUUCCCCUUAAACUCUUAUAUGAAUGCCACAAACCAUGCAAUUGUACAGACACUGGUCCAUUUCAUAAACCCAGAAACAGUCCCGAAGCCCUGCUGUGCUCCAACGCAGUUACACGGAAUCUCAGUUUUGUACUUUGAUGACAGUUCCAACGUAAUAUUGAAAAAGUACCGCAACAUGGUCGUCAGGGCCUGCGGAUGCCACUAAUCUGCCCUGGACAAAAUAAGGGAUGCAAAUACUUUUGACUCUCAAGAGCCCAGAGAGGAAAGAGACUCAUUACUGGA